AUGGCUCCGAUCAAAUUGAAAGAUCCCGAUUUUUUCAGGGGGAUCUCUCACUCUAAAUCUUUUUUUCAAGCGCUAGCUGGAUAUUCUUCCUCUUUUCCAGAUUUGAGGCCUUCUACCUUUCGUGGGCUACCAUCUCUUUGGGUUUCUGAUGAGGAAAUUAGGGAUUUGGCUGUUCCUUUUAGGUUUUCGUUAGUUGGUUUCUUCCCGUCGAAAAGUCCUCCUCUUGACGCGAUUCGCAAAUUUUUCUUCAAUUUGAAGCUGAACGGUGAAGUUUCUGUUACCAUUUUGGAUUCUUCACACAUUUUGAUUAAGUUAUCCAACGAUUUAGACUAUUGUAGAGUUUUUUGCCACCGAUCAUACAUGGUUUUCAAUUGUUUUAUGAAAUUAACGAAAUGGUCUCCUACAUUAGAUAUUGGAGUUGAGUCGCCGAUCAUCCCGAUUUGGAUUUCAUUUCCUCAUCUUCGUCCUCAUUUCUUUGCGCCAAGGAUUCUGUUUGGGCUUGGUGAGUUAUUUGGCAAACCUUUAAAAAUAGAUGAAGCGACAUCGACUGGUUUACGUCCGUCCAAUGCUCGUGUUUUAGUUGAAAUUGAUAUUACCAAAACUUAUACGAAGCAAGUUUGGUUAGGAUCUGAGGCUCAAGGAUAUGUUCAGGAUGUGGUUUUUGAUGAAUUUCCUCAUUUUUGUAGUGUUUGUAAAUGUUUAGGGCAUGUGUCUGGUAAGUGCAAAUCCGAUUCUAGCUUUGGUAAACCUGAUUUUGUGAUUGAUCCUGUUGAGGUUUUACCGGCUGCUGGUGUAACAAUAAUUCUAUCAUACUCUUGUUGA